AUGCGAAGAGAACAGGUGGAUUUCGUAAAGAACGUUUCCUCAUCAGAUGCAGCAUUUCAACUGGCUGAUGUGUACAGCAAAUUAAAUCAACUCAACAAUACGAUAAGAGCGCUCAACCUUCAAGUUAAAACAUUAACAGCUGUAGUGAACAAUUUGACGAACAUUUCGCAGACAUGUGAUGGGAGGAAAAUCAUAACAGAUUGCAAUGAAGUGCACUCUGACGAGUCGGGAAUAUUUUCGUUAAAAAUUUGUGCCGGGCCAGUAUACAACGUGUACUGCAAUCAGUCCUUCAAAGACGGCGGGUGGCUAGUUGUCUACAAUCGCUAUAACGAAAAUAACAAUAUUUUUAACCGCACAUGGCACUCCUAUGAGCAAGGAUUCGGCUUGCCUGAUGGAGAACAUUUCAUUGGACUCAAACGUCUACAUGCUUUAACGUAUGGCUCUACAUAUGAGAUCGCCUUCAUUUUAUCAAUUAAUAGUGAAGAAAACUUUGGUAUUUACAACCAUUUCGAGAUCGACAACCAGGAUGAUCGAUAUGCAAUCAAAAACAUUGGUUCGCCUAGUGGAUAUAUGCGGCUUUUUAGCAAUACUGAGCAACUUUAUAAAUUCCAAACUUUCGAUAGAAACAAGUUACAUCCUUUAGCACGUGACACCAUGAUCGAUGAAGCGUGUGCGUUCUGGUUUAUCGACAUGCCUAGCAGCCAUGAUUCUAGUGGAUUUAAGCUAUUUUGUCAAAACCUGCGCUACUUGAAAAUUAUGAUACGAAAACUAUGAGAAUGCUCCGUGAUGUACAUUAAAUUUCAUGCAGGUAUGAAUGAUAACAAUCAAGAUCAUAUGAAAACUAUAAAUUUUUAUCAUCAGAUCAUUGCUUAAUAGAGAAUAGAUGGAUCAACUUCAGCAUAAUA